CUGCAAAGUCGAGCCAAUCAAGAUUAUAAAUCAACGAAUACAAAAGCUUCAGCAAUCGGAGAUCGACCUGACAUAAUGUUUACGGUUAAAAUUAGUGAGAAAGACCUAGAGUUACUUUACGUUGAAA